AUGUCGGUGCUGAGAGAUCAUUAUUAUAAGUUAGCUUCGGAACUUCCAAAAGAAAGAAUUGAAGCAGCCACCGCGUUGGUUUCGGAACUCACCAAAGCUGAUAAGAAAGAAGAAUGGGAUUAUGCUUUGAAUAGAUUGAUUAAAGGUUUAACUACCACUAGGCAAAGUGCCAGGUUUGGAUUUUCCAUGGCUUUGACUGAAGUUGUUCGAGAAUUAGUUUACAAAAAAGAUUCUGGCUUGACUUUAAGUUCAUACUUAGACCAAGUUCUUAAAGCAAGUGAAACCAAAGCUUCAAUGAAAGGUAAAGAAGAAAGGGCUGUUUUAUUUGGUCGUUUAUUUGGUUUGCAAGUAUUGGUUAAUUCUCAAUUACUUUUUGAUGACUCUGUGUCAAGUGACAUUUUACUUAAAGAUUUUGUGAAUGCCCUUAUUGACUUAUCAGGAUCUAAAUCAUGGUUAAGGGAAACUGCUAUAUUUACUUUAUGUCAAUUUAUACAAUUGUAUUUGAAAACAACAACUGAUAGUUAUGAUUUAUUAAAACAAAUUUUACAAAGAAUAAACGAUAUCGGAAUCAAUUUUACUACAGAAGGUAUUGCAGUUUACUUGUCCAUACCUAAAGAUAUUAGAGGUGAACUAGCUAAUAGAAUACAAAAUCCAAAGUCAAAUUGGAAAAACGGAGAUCCUUUUUCAAAAGGGAAUUUACCAUUAUUAGCCAAAGCAUUAAAGGAAGUUGAUAUUCCUACUGAUCCAGAAGAAAAUGAAGAUGGCUCCAAAAAAAAUAAGAAACAAAAAGGAAAUUGGCAGCCAAGAAUACCAUUUGUCUGGGACCUUAUAGUUGCAAACUUCGUUAAAGCAGAUGAAGUAUCUGACGAGUCCGAAGAAAUAGAAUCACUGAAAAAACGUAAGAAAUCAUCAAAAUCACACUCCAAGAAGCAAAAAUUAGAUAUUACUGAAGUAGUCUCCCUAAAAGAAUUUUGGAAAGUUGUCAUUGAUGAAUCAUUGUUUUCUGAUAAAUCAUCUCAUGAACGUAAGUUUUGGGGUUUUGAAAUUUUUGCUAAAUUUGUAUCUGCCCUUCAAUCUUCUCAAGUUCAAUAUUUAUUCACACCUAACUUUAUGCGUUGUUUGAUUAACCAGUCUGCUCAAUCAAACCGUUUAUUAAAUAAAAUUUCUACUAAAACCUUGAAUAUAUUAUUGGAUGUGGCCAAAAAAGAUUAUACAAAAGCCCCUGAAAUCUUGAGCAGAUUGGUCGAUGAAAGUCUGGGAGGUUGUUGGAAUUUUGAUCUUAUUACUAAAUCUAAAAUAACUGAUACUUUAGUCACUAUACUUGGAUUUGUGGAUAAUGAUAAGGUCAAUGAUUCAGAAGUUGAGCAUGUUCUUAUUUCCAUCAAAAAACUUCUAUUAGAUAAAUUUGAAAAAGCAGUUGAAUCUCAAGAAGGAGACGAGGAAAGUAUGAAAAAGCCAAAUGAUAAUGUUCAAAAAUGGGUCUUAGAUAAACUUCUUGGUUUAUUCAAGAAUUCUAAAAAAUUCGAAAUGUUGGAUUCUAAGUGGUUAGAUGACAUAUUCAAAUUCUUGAUUCGUAAUUCAUUCUUCAAAAGCUCUCAUCAAAAGAACAUUUCAGGUAAUAUCAGAAAGCUUUCUCAGGAUCGAUUGAAUUCAUUUUUAUCGGACACUUUAUCCAGCACCAAGUCUAAAUCAUAUACUUCCUUCUGCAUAAAAUACAUUAAUAAGUUGGAGAAAUCUGAUGAGUAUCAACUCAGUUUAGAGUUUGAUGACGAAUUAAUUAAUGUUAAAUCAGAAUGUCAUGAAUUAUUGUCAAGUAUUAAAGAAUUGAAUAAAAUGACCAAACUUGAAUCCAGAAAAGACCAACUCAAAUGUUUUGAAUUAUUAUUCUCAAUGGUUUUAAUUCAAUUAUAUAUGGGAGAUGAUGAGACUGUUACCGUUUUAGGAGAAUUGAGAGGCUGCUAUGAAAGUGUUUUUGUUGAAAGCCUGGAAAAUAUUGAUGUUGACCCUGCUAUAGUUCUUACCGAAGUUAUUUUAUCUUUUGUUUCUCGUAAGUCACUCUUAUUAAAGAAAUUGUCUUUAAUUGUUUGGGAGACUUUCUUAUGUUCAAAGAAUGACGACGGUACUGAAAAAUUAAAUGAAGAAUGUUUAAAGCUUUUAUUCGAUGUCUUGGUGACCAAAGAAAACAAAGAAGGUCAACAAAAACUCUUUGAAGGAGAAGAUGAAUUCAAAGAAGAUGAUGAAGACGAUGAAGAUGAAGACGAUGAAGAUGAAGACGAUGAAGACGAAGACAAGGAUGAAAGUGAAAGUCACGACAGUGAUGACGAGGAUCAAGGAAGCGAAGAAGACAAUGACGAGACCAACGGAGAAAGCAAGCAAUCAGAGGUCGAUCAACAGACUCAAUUGAAGUUAGCUCAAGCAUUGGGUAUUCCAACUGAAUCCAGCGGAGAAGUUAAGUUUGAUGAUAUUGACUCUUUUGGGGAUGAUGAUGGCUCCUCAUAUGAAUCCGAUUCAAUGGAUGAUGAGCAAAUGAUGGCCAUGGAUGAUCAAUUGGCCAAAAUCUUCAAAGAUAGACGUGAAGCAAUGUCUAACAUCAGUUCUGGAAACAAGAGAAAGCAAGAAGUCAUGGAAGCUAAAGAACAAAUGAUUUUCUUCAAAAAUAGAAUUUUAGAUUUACUAGAGUCAUUUAGCAAAAUCAAUUCUGAAUCUUACUUGAACUUAUCAAUGAUCAAACCAAUUGUUAUAUUAAUUGAUUUAACUCUUGAUAAAAACUUGGGUGUUAAAGCACAUAAACUUUUGAAGACCCGUCUUAGCAAAACUAAGUUAUCAAAAGAUGCUUUCAAAAUCAGCUUCGAUACCGAAGCAAAACAAACCCAUUACAAAGAGUCAUUACUACAAUCAAUUGAGUUCUUCCAAUCCAGAGCUGCUGAGAAGAAUUCUAAUCUGGCCCAUUCUUUGGCUUGCAGCCAAGCCUGUAUCACCUUCAGUAAGAACUUGGUCAAUUUAGACCCAGAUUAUUUGAACAAAGUGAUUGACUCCUACUCUCAAUCUCUCAAGAACUGGGCAUCCAAUCCAAGAAACAAGAUACAAGCUUCCCUUUUCUUUGACUUUGUAAAUUGGUUAAACUCUAAGAGAACUGAUAGAUCUGAAUAA